AACACAUCUCCAUCAAUCAAUAUGUGCCCCAAAAGAAGUUCUGAGGGUGUUCAUGUUAUAAUUUCAGAGGAUUCAAAAGAACGCAAACGAUCCGUGUGGCAAGAAGCCGCAAUGGAAUUCCUUGGGAAAUACGAAUCCGAUAUAGCUAACUACAGAAGAUUGACAGGAGAAGUUAGCGAUUUAUGUAAACGGCUUUUCGAUCCUAUAAAGACGUUCCCGACCCAAAUUUCGGCAAGAACCAAAACAUAUGAAAGCUUAGCGAAGAAGGUCCAGAAACUAGCCAUAAAAUUCUGGAAACAGGACCAGGGAUUUACAAGCAAGAAAGAGGCCUUUGAUAAACUCCACAGUGCUAUCUCGGAUCGCGCAGGAGUCCGUAUUUUGGUUUACUUCCCUGAUGACGUACUGAAAGUUGCUGAAGUCAUCGAAAGCUCCGGACACUUCGUUGUAGAGGCGACAAAGCUCAGCACUACAAAGUCUCGGACUAUCCACGACAGAAACAAUCUGCAACCGGAAGAUUACCUGAUCGGGGAUUGGUACUCUGCUCCAGAUGGUAAAAUAGGCCAGUAUUGGAGGCACUCUGGUUACCGCGCUGGACACCUACGCGUAAGGAUGAAUAAUAAAGCUGUCAAGUGGGUGGAGAUUCAAGUUACGACUAUAGUUAUGCAUGCCUGGGCUCAAGUUGAACACGAUAUCAUAUACAAGAAGCGGGCAGAAUUUAUCCCUACCGGCGCUAUGAAUCGAAUGCUUGACGCGGUUAAUGGCCUGUCCAUCACAUCCGAGAUUAUGCUAGAGGAGCUGGCAAAAAAUCUAGAAAGGGCUGAUGAGGAGGGAGGGAAGAAAGAUGUGGAAAACUUUCAAAGUUCACAGGAGUUUGCGGAUUGGUUCAAACAGACCUAUCCGGAGACAGGACUGAUGGGACAUAAAUAUCACCGUUGGAGAGACACCCCGGACUGGGUAGAUACGCUCUUUUCCGCGUGUAAGCUGCUAGAAUGUGGCUAUUCCCGCUCCAUAUUCAAAGAUCUCAUUGAAGAUGGAAAGUUUCUAGAGAGAAGUCCAAGAAAAUCUGAAAAGUUGGACAUUUCUGUUCUUCUCCUCACGGCCAUGAGCAUCAAAUACAAUUGGAUUGAAGACGAGGGUUUGAAAAACAGCAGCCAUGCAAAGGAGUAUUUACGGCUAUCCAAGCUGACACUAGUCGCAAGUGCUUUUAGCUUCAUGGUUGUAUUGCGAGACACUGAAGCGAUCGAGAUGCUAAAAGAGAAAUUUCCACACGACAUUGAUAAUAUGAGGCGGAUCAACAGUAUCGUGUCGCUGUUCAAUAUCCAUACUGGCGAAAUGGAAAAACUAGAAGGCUUCGCAGACAGAUUUCUAAAAACUAACUGGUGUGAGACCCACGAUCUCGCAGUUGCAUUGGCGAAGCUGGGUUUUUUUCUUACGGAUACAAAGCUGGGCGAGUUCAAAAACCACUACGACUCUCAGUCGGCACUCGGCUUGAUAUCCAACUUGAAACUCAUUAAGCUGGGCCAAGUCAUCAAAAACCAGGACUCAACAAUAUUCGAUCAUAUUUUCCAGGAACAGUAUGGAGAUGUGCAAUCAGUAGUCUUUGACACAGGCCUCUUCCAGGAACACACUAGACUCUGGCGCGGCCAGAUUGGUGAUAAGAGUAUCUACAAAAAGGACAUCUUCAACAAGAAACUCGAUUUCGGUCCGAAGCAGUAUAACGAAAGCUCCGGCGUCUAUCGCAUCUUGCAACGCCAAAGCCCACAGAAGGAAAACGCGGUGAUGUUUUUGGGCGAGAGGUGCAAGUCGAAUACAUCACCGAUUCCGCCCCCAAGGCUGCAAACUACGCGAUAUUUGGAUAGGAAUACCAGGAUCGGAUUCAUACUAUACACGACCAGUUAUAUGAAUACCGGAUCUGACGUGCCUAAAACGAACAAAGCGGUGGUGUCGACGACCCCUUCUAGGAAAAGCCUACCACAUCGUCCUCAUGCGAGAAGGAGGGCCUGAUAGAUAUCAAGGGCUGCAGCUUGAAUUCAUGGAGUCUU